AUGACUCUCGCCAAAGCAUACCUCACAAUCGCGAAAGAGCACAACAAUCUCCAUCUUGCUUGGGAGCUGGGCUCGCGAAUAAGAAGUUGCCAGCUGUUGCUCUCUAAGGCCGCCAUGCGGGAUGAUGAUGAUGAGCCCAUCUCUCUAGAAGAAGCCGAGCCAGUAAUCAAAAGCCUCUCAUCUCUCAUCUUCAAGGCGCAAGAUUCUCAUUACGAUAUUGCCACCACUAUAAUGACGAUGAAGUCCCAUAUACAAGCACUCGAAGAACGUGCAAACACGGCCACUAUUCAAGGUACGAUUUUCGGGCAAUUAGCUUCCGAGGCAAUUCCCAAGAAUAUCGAGUGCUUUAAUAUUAAGCUCACAGCCGAAUGGCUCCAGAACAAAUCUUUACAGCUUUUUUCAGACGAGCAGAAGAAAAAAAAUUCUCCCAGGCUAGUGGAUAAUAAUCUUUACCAUUUCUGUAUAUUUUCCGAUAACCCACUAGCCGUUUCAGUUGUUGUAAAUUCAACCGUUUCAAAUGCCGAGCAUCCAAAACAGCUCGUUUUCCAUCUUGUGACAAGUGAGGUGAAGUAUGGGGCAAUGCAAGCUUGGUUUAUAUCAAACGAUUUCAAAGGCGCCACUAUAGAAGUUCAAAAUAUCGAAGAAUUCACCUGGCUAUACCCGAAAUACAUCUCCCUUCUAAAUCACCUCCGUUUUUACGUACUCGAAAUUUACCCACAGUUAGAGAAGACGUGCCUCGAGGCUUUCCACAGAUAUUAUAAAUACCUCAACUUUUCGAACCCGAUUAUAAGCACUAAAUUCGACCCUCAAGCAUGCGGAUGGGCCUUUGGAAUGAAUGUUUUCGAUUUGAUUGCUUGGAGGAGAGAAAAUGUGACUUCAAGGUAUCAUUUUUGGAUGGAGAAGAAUACGGAUAGGUUGAUUUGGAAGCUCGGGACACUGCCACCCGGGCUUUUGACUUUUUACGGUUUGACCGAGCCGCUUGACCGAAGGUGGCACGUUUUGGGAUUGGGUUAUGAUUUGAAUAUCGAUAAUCGGCUGAUAGAGUCAGCAGCUGUUAUUCACUACAAUGGGAAUAUGAAGCCGUGGCUGAAGGUGAGUAUAGCUCGAUAUAGGCCUAUGUGGGAACAGUAUGUGAAUCGUGCUAAUCAAUAUCUGCAGGAUUGUGUUACAAGCUGA